AUGGCCGGUCACGCAGUUUCAUUCAGUUCCGUGCCAGAGAAGCUGGUAGAGCUGCUGACUCUUGACCUGCCGUAUUCUUUACCUCUGUUAAGGCGGCUGCAGUCUACAAAGUUCAAUCAUGGAACUUCGGCUCAUGCACGCAUCGUCUUUGUCUCUGAUACUGCAUUGUCCCCCCAGGAGCAGCUGGACCAGAACCAAUUCAAGACAUACUCCGCGGCGUAUUUAGAUUUCUCUAAAGAGGAAACUCAAAUGUACAUCUACUCGAAUCUGGAACACCAGCGCAACAGAGACGAUGCCAGUAACAGACAUCUCUACGAGCUGCAAUUGGCGGAAAUGGUGGACGAAGUCGUCCGGCUGCGCAAUGAAUACAAGCAAGAGUUACUCUUCACGGAUCCAGACCGCAUCCUGAUAGGAUCCCUGCACUCGGACGUUCGAUCGAUCCUGGAAAAAUUCGAGGGCCGUGUUGAGUCCCGGCCCUCCGGCCUUUAUGAUAAAUGGCUCAUGAGGAGGGAAGAGCUGCCUCUCUUGGACGAGACUCUUCCCUCCGGCAUGUAUUGGGACAGCGCCACCCUCGAUGAUUGCCGGCUGGUUGUAUCCCGAACUGAUAUCCCCCGUACUGCUCAAACACUUGUUAACCUUCCGAAUCUGAUGGUUAAACGAAAGGAUAAGACGCCAAUCGCGUGGGCACUGCUGGGUACUGAUGGAUCCCUAAUCAGCGUGCAUGUAGAAGAACCUUAUAGACGACAGGGCUUAGCUAAAAAGCUAGCCACGAAGCUACUGCGAGAAAAGUCCUCCCAGUUUGGAGACGAUGGCUGGCUCUGUGCUGAUGUCAGUCCCUCAAACGUGAGCAGCCGGGCCAUGUGCAAGUCGCUCAAUGGAAAGCCUGACUGGGUAGUUUCUUGGAUUUGUCUAAUCCUGUCCGAGACUGGGGUGACUGAAAAGGCCUAG